AUGGAGCUCAAACUGAAACCACUGGAUUCAGGGAUUCCACGUCUCCUGCUCUCCCUGUCGCUGUCAAAGUCGUGCCCUCAGCCCCCAGCAAACAGGAACAGGGAGGAACCCAUACAAUGCGAGGGAAUCGUUUGUGAGUCCCCUGACCACCCCCAAAGGGUGACCCACGAGGUCAAGCUGAACGGUAAAGCACGGACCCCACCCCCUCGCCCCCCUCCCCCGCACUUGAUGCCACGCCGGCGCCCUGCCCCACCCCCACCUGGACCUCCACUAGCUACCACCAGACACAAGAGUAUGCCAGAAGCUCCAGCUGUGGCUGCUGGGAAAGAGCAGCCACCUGCAAGACGUCCAGCACCUGCUCGACCACAAAUGGGUGCCAAGCACGGCAGCUUUACCAGAGGUGCCAGCGCACCAAUGCCUGUGCCUUCAAACCCACCACCCCCAAGGCCUAAAAAGCCCGAUCUGGAAGCCCUUCGCUGCCACAUUGCACUGGAGGAUGAGACCAUCGCCAGAGCCCUGUCUCGUGCCAGGCUGCCACCGUGCCAGUCUCCGUCUGCUGCCCCUGCUAAUGGGCAGAUAGCUAUGAGCCCAUCUAGUCCUAACAAGAGGGGACGCCACCGGCUCAGUGACAUGAGCUCAUCGUCUUCCUCUGACUCGCUGGAAUACUCCAACUCUCCUGAAUUCUCUCUGGGCCUGGCCCCGAGUCCAUCUGCACACCUUAACCAUCAAGACCCAGUGGAAGACAGCAGUGAGGAGGAAGAGGACGGGGAAGAAGACGAAGAGGAGGACUAUGGGGUCGGCCUGGAGACUGAUCUUGAGAUGCGCCUACGUACAUCCUUCAAAUCACGGAGACGGAGGAGGGUUGGUGUGAGUCUGAGUGGAGGGUCCUUUAUACUCCCCAGGGCCUUGAAGAGACGCUUCCACAAGGUGAGCGGCAUGCUGAGCUCCUUCAUGACCCCAGAGAGACGGGUGGUGAAAAGAAUUGCUGAGCUGUCGAGGAACAAAAGCUCAUACUUCGGUUCCCUCGUUCAGGACUACAUCAGCUUUGUUCAGGAGAACCAAGGCUGUCACACAUCAGGGAUGGAUUUUCUCCAGACUCUCAGGCAGUUUAUGACACAGAUGAAGGCGUACCUGCGCCAGAGCUCUGAACUGGGCCCACCUAUAGAAUCGCUCAUACCCGAAGAUCAGAUCGACCGGGUUCUGGAGAAGGCCAUGCACAAAUGUGUCCUGAAGCCUCUGAAGACCAUGAUUGAGGUGGUUUUACAUGACUUUCAGGUGAGGAGUGGAGCUUGGCAGCAGCUUAGAGACAACCUGGCCUUGGCGAAGACGAAGAGGCCACAGGAGCUGGGCGUGGAUCGGGUUCCUCCUCCCGACUCUGUGGCUAUAGAGAAGAUCCGCCUCAAGUUCCUAAAAAUGAGUAUGAUGUACUCUCCAGAGAAGAAGGUGUCUCUGCUGCUGCGUGUGUGCAAGCUCAUCUACACCAUCAUGCAGGAUCACUCAGGGAGGAUGUAUGGUGCAGAUGACUUCCUGCCAGUGUUGACUUACGUGCUGGCUCAGUGUGACAUGCCUCAGCUGGACACAGAGAUAGAGUACAUGAUGGAGCUGUUGGACCCAUCUCUGCUUCAAGGAGAGGGAGGCUACUACCUGACCAGCUCCUAUGGAGCCAUGGCGCUCAUCAAGAACUUCCAGGAGGAGCAGGCAGCCCGGGUGCUGAGCUCUGAGACGAGGAACACUCUACACCAGUGGCACUGCCGACGCACUGCCCAGCGUUCAACGCCAACUGUGGAUGACUUUCAGAACUAUCUCCGUGUAGCUCUGCAGGAAGUUGACACAGGCUGCACAGCCAAAACCUUGCUCGUCCACCCUUACACCACCACAGAAGAGGUCUGCUCCCUCUGUACUUACAAAUUCACAAUUCCCGACCCUGACAACUAUGCACUGUUUCUGGUCACUGAUGACACCAGCCAGCAGCUGGCCCCAGACACGCAUCCUCAGAGUAUCAAAGCCAAGCUCCAUAGCAAGCCCCGAGCACAGGUUUUUCAUUUUGUCUACAAGAGGAAGCCUAACUGUGACCUCCCUGCACCUGCAAUCACACUUCAAGGGCCUCAGAAAAAGAAACCUGCAUAAUAGCUGUGUUUGAUACUGCAAAAUUUGAAAUCAAUCCGAUAUCACUGCGAUACCGGCCAGUAUAUCUCAACCGAUAUCGAUACUUACAGUGGGGGCCCGUCCGUGGGUCGUUCUACAGCGCAGGCUACAGGGUGGGUUUGUUUAUGUCUUCAACACACAGAGGAAUCCUUUCAUUUUAACUGAUAUAACCCAUUUCUAAACACAAAAACUGUUGAUACAGCCAACACCUGUACACGGAGCAACAACAAACUAAACUAUAACUUACUCACAAUAAUCCACCAAUCAAAGAAUAUCAUAGAAUAAAGUUUGCAAACAUGUUAUCUGCACACAACUAUGACGAGAGAAACUCUACUUUCCUUUAGUCUGAGGUUUUUGUUCAGAAACAAUAAUAGAUCUGAGGAAAAGAAGUUCAAAAACUUCUAUAUUUAACAAACAAAAUUUCUACCUGUUAUUACAGAGAGUGAUAUUGUAACAUAAUUUAAAAGUAAUAUGUAACAACUUGUCCAACACUGUCUACGGCUCUGAAUGCAGAAAAGUCAAAGUAAAGUCAUUAAAGUAGCACAUUUUAUUAGUAUUUAUUAGUAUUAUUUGAAUGUCUGAACACAGUCUGCUAAAAUAAAAUAAAUUAUAACCCAUUACUUAUCACCAUAACCAUACUGUGUGCGAGUUACCUGGACACUCAUUAGAAAUGACUCGGCCAGCGUCCUCUGUCUCUGUGGCCCCAUCUUUCACUGGGAUUAGAUUAGAUUAGACUCCUCCACUUUACAUUUUUUCUCUUUCUCAUGCAGUUUAAUGCGUUUAGAGAGAUAAGUUGUGUUGCCACAGUACUGAACAAUUUAUGCCAACUUUAGAACUGAUGACUUCACUGAGUCAUGUGACUUCACUGAGAGCGAAGCAGGAGGGAGGAACAGUGAGAGAGGAGGAGAGAGAGGAGGAAAAAGAAUGAUUUACUGAAUGUAGAGAAGAGAACAUUUAACAUAAGUAUCCAUCUCAUCGUGCUCGUAUCAAUUGAUACUGAUACCGCCUUUGGUAUCAAGAGUAUCAAUAUUUUACGGUGGCCUUGAAGUGCAAACCAUUAUUGCAAAACGUGAAACACUUUUACAAAUCCCAAAACAAAUGAACAAAAAAACAUAAAUAUGACAGAAUGAUAUGAAUAUCAACGUUUAUGGUCCUGCACAAGCACGCUGUAAAGAUAUUUACAAAUAAUGGAACGAGUCACACCGAAUAAGCGCCCUCGUACGUCGAAGAGCGGGCAGUACCAGAAAGCAGUGUGGAGAAUACUAACAUUAUGCCUUCAUCGAUUUACACAAACUCCUCUGCAUAUACUUGACACCUGAAAACCAGCAGUGGAGACGCUCGUCAGAGCAAUCUCACACAUUUGGCUAUAAAUAUUAAGAGAGGAGAUGAGAGAAAAACAUUAUUGAGGUUUUUGUUUUGCCCUCAACAACCAUGUGAUUCUGUGAAUCUGGUAAGUGACUGGUGUUUUUUCCCAUGGCGAUGAGUUUUGUGUUAAUUGUGAGAUCAAUCGGUGUUAAUGACCAUGGUUUGACCAUGGCAGUUUGAUGAUGGUAUUUGUCUGAAAUAGCAGUGAUACGUUGAUAUGUGUGGGUCAUUGAAUGCUCCCUGUAGCUGUGAGUUUAGAAUGUUGGAGGCCUCUGUGGUGUUAGAGCGGUGUUUGGGAUCGUGCAUGUCGACACUGUGAAGGCUGUCUGUGCUCUGAUGAUGAUGAUGGAGAGAAAUAUCUAUAUCUGUGUAUGUGUGGAUUUGGCGUUUAUAUUGAGUGACUAGUAAGAUGAAAAUCACAGGUGCAGCUAUAUCUCAAAGCUCCCCCAGUAAAAGAUGAAGCCCCCCCCCCAGGACCACCAAUUAAAGCGCUGCCCCUGCCCAACACACAUUUCUUACGCAAAGAUAACGAAAGAUGCAAAACUCACAAUUCCCAAAACAAAUUUCACGGAUGCUGUUCAGCUGCUGAUUGGACGUUUUUUUCUUCAUAAUCUUAUAUAGCACCACUUCCUUUCAACCUGGCUUUCAAAAUAAGAGCCCCUGACUUUGGCCUUUUUUACUACUUCUUAUAUCAAACUUUUGCCCCAAAGUUCACUAUAUAAGUUAAUUCUAUAAAAUAAAAUAAAUGUUUGAUAUCAUUCCACAAGCCUUGUCUUGGAAGUGUGUAUGUUAAAUAGUAAGUUAAAUAUGAUCUCUUACUGUCAAAAAAAGAAAAAGCAAAAAGAAAAUAAUUAUCACUUCCGGGUCACUUGCAGCACCACAAGGACUGUGGUUUUGUAAAUUUGUUUUGGGAUUUCUAAAAGUGUCUUAUGUUUUGUCAAAAAUGUAAAUGGGCUCUUGGUUAGAAAUACGUUACGUUACGUUUAAAGUUUAGUAGAACAAUUUCCUGACUCAGAAACUGUCAUUUAUUCAGAACUCUGACCUCUGGCUCCUGACAACAGCUUCACCUUCAUCUCAUGUCAACUACUUGAAAUACACUUGUCCUGUGUUUGAUGUGGGCAGAUCAUGUGAUGAUCUAAAAACAUUUGGAUUAUGUGUUGCAACUGAUUUUUUGGGUUUUUCUGCAUGUGAUAUUUUAUGUUUGAAGUUCUUUGGGUUGUUGGACAUGUAUAUCAGAGAGUAACGUAUUUUAUUUCCCUAACGUUUUGCCCUAACUGCUGUUAUUUGACGUGUUAUUUGAUUUGAACAUACUGUUUGCGAACUCAAUGUUAAACAUUAGUUUAAAAUGUAAAAUGUAAAAUGUACUAUAUAUGAGAGUUCUAAUAAAUAUUUUUUACUUUUUUUUGCAAUUGCUGGUCAAUUGGAGCCUUUUUUUUCUCUGUAGAGAUAUUUUUAUAUUCAAAUGUUCUUUUUUCAUCACUUAAAUGACAACCAUUUGUAUUCUGAUACAAUUAUUUCUGUACUGGACUCAUAUUUAAUUGUUAACAUUGUUAAUUAUACAAAGCUCCAU